AUGGGUCGAAAAGGUUCUAAAGAUAACGAUGAUAUUUUAAAUGUACAUGAGGAAACUUCGGGUGCAGUUAUUGGAGUUGAAGCAACUGAUGAAAAAGGUCAAUUGAUUGAUGGAAUUCAUGACAUGCGAAUUGUUGAUGAUAAAGAAAUCGCACUUGUUCUUUAUAAAAAUGAUUAUACUUAUUGUUGGGUACCAGUUCAGAAUUUGAGAAACGCUGAUGUUUUAUUGGAAGCGCAUAGAAAACAAUUACAGGAUUGGAAUAAACGAACAUCUCAAGAGAAACAUGUAGAUCAAGAGACGCAAGAACCUGGUUCUCUUGGCUUAAAUAAUGAAAAUUUUACAAAAGAAUCGGUGGUGAAUCAUCCUCAUCAACAACCUGAAUCUCCUGAAAUUUGCUCGAGUAAUCAAUCUAUCGAUAAAAUAGAAAAGUCAAAGGGCAAAAAACGUGUUCAUGACGAUGAUGAAUCGCAGCAAAAUGUAGUUGCAAAGAGGCGUGUUGGACGUCCAAAGAAAAGUGCCAUUACUAAAAGAGUCAAGGUUAAAAGACCAGUAGGGAGACCAAAAAAAGAAACUAUCAUAUCUUCAAGUUCCAAAUUCGAUCGCUUACCAUCACCUGAUCGUGUUCCAUCAGUAGAUAAAGCAACUCAUGAAGAUUCCGAUGGUUAUGAUUUGUGGGACGCUCCUGCAACGCCAGAGCCUCUCCGUGACGUUCUGUCCGCUAAAAGCACAAAUGCGGAAGACUUACAUAAUG